AUGUCAUUCCAUACCUUAGAGCGAGAAAAGACAUUCAAGUGUCCGCCUACGGACGGAACUAGCUUCCCAGAUUUGCAAUUUGCUACGAAGCCUCAUGUCCAGUCCUUUAAUGCACUAACGGAUGCUGGAUUGCUGAACCUUGCAGUCAAGGAAAUCGGCGAAAAGACGAUUUUUGACUCUCUUGCCCAAGAAAAUGGCAAUCUCAAGUUUGGAAACAAGCUUUCUUUUCGCGUGGACGAGGUUCAAAUUGCAAAACCCAUGUUGUCAAGCAGAGAGCGUACCUCUAUCAACCGUAAGGUUUAUCCUGCUGAAGCAAGAGAGCGCUUGACAUCUUACAAAUCACGCCUUGUCCUGAAGCUAUCUUGGUCCGUGAACAAUGGUCCCCGACAAACCGAGAUGCGUGAAGUGGGCAUGUUGCCAAUUAUGGUCCGCUCAAACCGUUGUCAUUUAGAGGGAUUGCCUCCCGGUGAAUUGAUUGCUCAUAAAGAAGAAAGUGAAGAAAUGGGAGGGUAUUUUAUAGUAAACGGAAUUGAAAAGCUUAUUCGUAUGUUGAUUCUCCCCAAGCGUAACCACCCUACCGCUCUUAUCCGUCCGUCUUUCGCCAAUCGUGGUAAUAGUUAUAGCCAGUAUGGUCUUUCCAUUCGUUGCGUUCGAGCCGACGAAUCUAGUUUGACAAACACUCUUCAUUAUCUCAAUAAUGGUGUCACUAUGUUCCGUUUCCACUGGCGCAAAAACGAAUAUUUGAUUCCCUCCAUGAUGAUUCUCAAAGCUUUGGUGGAAACUAGCGACAAAGAGGUUUUUGAAGGUAUUGUUGGUAAUGAUUUGGAUAACACUUUCUUAACUGAUCGUGUGGAACUUAUGCUUCGCGCAUACAAAUCCUAUGGUCUCUAUACACAGACUGAGACUCUUCAGUAUCUCGGUAGCAAAUUCCGCGUCGUCCUUGGCGUUGCUGAAGAUUUAACCGACGUCGAAGUAGGUCGCUUCCUCAUUAAAAAGGUAGUAUUGGUUCACUUGUCCGAACCUAGGGAUAAGUUUAGACUUCUGUUGUUUAUGAUUCGUAAAUUAUAUGCUUUGGUUGCAGGUGAAUGUUGUGCUGAUAAUCCAGAUUCUCCUCAGCAUCAGGAAAUUCUUCUUGGUGGUUUCUUGUAUGGUCAAAUCCUGAAAGAAAAGAUAGAGGAUUGGCUAAACGGUAUUCGCACUCAAAUUAAUAUGGACAUUCGUCGUAAUGUUCCUGGUAUUGAUUUUUCUGAUCGCAAGUAUUUGACUAAAGUUUUAUCCAAAGUUAAUAAUGAUAUUGGCUCGAAGCUUCAAUACUUCUUGAGUACUGGUAAUCUGAUAUCUAACACUGGUCUUGAUUUACAACAGGCUACUGGCUAUACUGUUGUCGCAGAAAAACUAAACUUUUACCGUUUUCUUUCACACUUCCGAAUGGUUCAUCGUGGUGCUUUCUUUGCUGAACUUAAGACGACCACCGUUCGUAAAUUACUACCUGAAGCAUGGGGCUUUAUGUGUCCUGUUCAUACUCCUGAUGGUGCACCAUGUGGCUUGCUCAAUCACUUGGCUAGGAAGUGUGAUGUUAUCACUCAUGCCUCAGAUGUGAGUUCCGUUCCUUCACUUUUGUUAUCAUUGGGUGUGGAUCCUCCUAGUACGAUGGUUCAUGACCCUGACUGGGUAAGUGUUCAGUUAGAUGGUAAAAUCAUUGGCUGGUGUACGCAUAGAUUAGCUGCACAUGUUGCCAACGUUUUGCGGGACUUGAAGAUUCAAUAUGCUGCUGCUGAACGCAACGGAACUUUGACUGAGAAGCCCAAGGUACCCUUGGAUUUAGAAAUCGGUUUGGUCCCUCCUUCUCAUGGUGGUCAAUUCCCCGGUUUGUAUUUGUUUAGCAAUACCGCUCGUAUGAUCCGCCCGGUCAAGCACAUCGGAAGUGGUGAAUUGGAUUUGCUCGGUCCAUUUGAACAAGUCUAUAUGGAUGUUGCCUGUUUUCCGAGAGAAAUCGUUCCAAAGAUUUCAACUCACGUUGAAUAUUCUCCUACAAAUGUACUUUCAAUUGUUGCAAACAUGACCCCUUUCUCUGACUUUAACCAGUCUCCCCGUAACAUGUAUCAAUGUCAGAUGGCUAAGCAAACAAUGGGUACUCCUGGAACUGCUUUACGCUAUCGUACAGAUAACAAGCUAUAUCGCUUGCAAACCGGUCAAACACCUGUUGUUCGUCCCAAGUUGCAUAAUACAUACGGAAUGGAUCACUAUCCUAACGGUACUAAUGCAAUCGUUGCUGUCAUCUCUUAUACCGGUUAUGAUAUGGAAGAUGCAAUGAUUUUGAAUAAGUCAGCUCAUGAGCGUGGUUUCGGUUAUGGUACCGUUUAUAAAGGAGAAUCUGUCGAUUUAGGCCAAAAGCGUAGACGUGGUGAGCCUGUUGUGCACCACUUUGGAUUUGCCCCUGGUUCUAAUCCUCGUCGUGAAUGGCAGCAGAAGGUUGAUGCUGAUGGUCUCCCAUAUGUCGGUACAAUGCUUGAAGAUGGCGAUCCUAUGGUUGCUUACUACGAUGAAACAACUGGUCAAAACUUCGUAGAAAGUUAUCAUGGUACUGAGCCUGGCUUUGUGGAUGAAGUCCGUCUGAUUGGUAAUGAUGUUGGUGAUUCUGAAUGCCAGCAGAUUCACAUCAAGUUCCGUAUUACCCGCAGUCCCAUUAUUGGUGAUAAGUUCUCUUCUAGACACGGUCAAAAGGGUAUUUGCUCCCAAAAAUGGCCUGCUGUUGACAUGCCUUUUACUGAAACUGGUAUGCAGCCAGAUAUUAUCAUUAAUCCUCAUGCAUUCCCAUCGCGUAUGACAAUCGGUAUGUUUGUUGAGAGUUUGGCUGGUAAAGCUGGUGCUUGUCAAGGUCUUGCUCAAGAUAGUACACCAUUUAUUUUCUCUGAGCAACAAACAGCUUCGGACUAUUUUGGUGAACAAUUGGUAAAAUCUGGCUAUAACUAUCACGGAAAUGAGCCCAUGUACAGUGGUAUUACCGGUAAGGAAAUGCAGGCUGAUAUUUAUAUUGGUGUUGUUUACUACCAACGUCUUCGUCACAUGGUGAACGAUAAAUUCCAGGUUCGUACUACCGGUCCUAUUCAUAACCUAACACGCCAGCCUAUUAAAGGUCGUAAGCGUGCUGGUGGUAUCCGUUUCGGUGAAAUGGAACGUGAUGCUGUUAUUGGUCACGGAACAUCAUUCUUGAUGCAAGAUCGUUUGAUGAACUGUUCAGAUUAUGCUCAGAGUUGGGUUUGUCGUGACUGUGGCUCUAUCAUCUCUCCUAUGUCUACGAUUUCUAUGAGUGGCAGUGGAGCCUCUUCAGAAGUUAAAUGCCGUGCUUGUGCUAAACCAGCCACUGGUUUAGAAGAUGCCAAUUUGACAUGGGAAGAUGGUACUGGACACAAAUUUGUUGGAGGAAGUAACACUACCCUUGUUGCACUUCCCAGUGUGUUCAAUUAUCUUACCGCCGAGCUUGCAGCUAUGAACAUUAAGAUGAUGCUAGACGUGAAGUAA